ACGCAUCAAGAAAGAACUGAUCAUGCAUGACACCUUCAUUCAGGAGUCAGGCUUUCAUCCACUGAUUCGUCUUCUACGAGUAAAAUGUUCAUCUAGGUCUUCUCACAAGACGUCACAAUCAGUCCUGUUAUGAACCAUUAGUACCAGGACACCAUAAGAUACCCAUUCAAUACGCCGGCAUCGCGAUAGCUGGGCUUGGAUAUGGAAACUGUAAGAGGAUUUUUGUGGGUUUGACACUUGUACAUGCAUGUUGAAAAGCAAAACAUAGAGGCGACCACACCAUGUCCCGUUUUGGAUCCACUCCGCCGACCCGGACUUCGUACACCAAUACGGGCGGAGUACCUCUGAUGGUUCAGAAUGACCAUGUCCCUUCACCUAAUUCUGUGCCAAAACUACACAUCAGCGGGGUCGUGGAGCACGAACUGUCUCAUCCUCCUUACGCGAGAGAGUGCAUGAAUUGUUCUUAUGCUUUCAGCACAAGACUUGUGUCGGACACUAUGUCCUUUCCCCUAGGAUGAAAACGGCUGUCUCCUAGAAAACCUCGGCGGGGUUUAGAUCGCGGACCAUCAACAUACAGAGACAAGGGGCUUUCGUCAGUCAUGGAUAAUCCAAGCUUUGAGACAGAGUUGGAGGAGAGAGGCGGACACGGUGAUAAGUGCAAUGAGAAAUUGGAGGAAACCAAGUGGAAUGGGAUAAGUGAUUGUAACCAUAAUGGUGAUGGUAUUUGCUAUGGAGAUGCUGAAAAAACAAAAUCAGCCACUGCUGAAGCGAAUGGGAAAGUGGUUGCAGUUGAUGAUGUGGACAUUUCUGUGAUCGUGGCUGGAGACAUGGAAAAGGAAAAGAAACACUUCUUCUUAGUUCGGUGGAUAUGCAGAUAUCCUUGCGUAAUGUUCUGGCUUGCCUUGUUAGGUCACUUGGUCUUCAUAGUCAUCACUGCCAUCUUAUAUUCCACGGGAUACAAUAUCGUGAAUGUGAAUCUCGAAGACUUGCCAAUAUUCAACCUCCACGAUAUGAUGUAUAACCGAAAUCUGGCAUGGCUUCAGAGAGAAAGCGCAUAUCAAGUUUACCUCUUCAACGCCCAGUUCCCCUCAAAGAGAAAGCGUCGUUCAAUCGACUCAUUUCCGUGGGUCGACCCCAAGUUCAUCUACCGCGUUAGACACCACCUUCUGUACGAAGUUCAGGAAAAUGAGAACGUGUUCACCUCUCGGCGUCUGGACGCCAUCAGAACGUUCGAGAGAAAAAUUAUGGCGACUUUCGACAAGGGGGCGAAACGUGCAAGUCCUGCUCAUUACGUAUGUGGAGACGAUUCUGUUCUAAGCAUAGUUGACGAGUCGUUGUCACAUCUUCGUAAAAACAUCACAAACGAAAUGCGUGUUGGUCCAUACAUAGGAAGAAAAGGGGUCAUUGAUAUAGUGACUGGCAAGGUCACGGCACGUUUGGCAAGGUCUUUCAUUAUAUUGUGUUGGACACACUCGUUUGAGAACAUUACUUCCUGGUCUGUUGAUGAGGUGAUACCAGAAAUACUAAAAGAGGAGAAGAGAUUGUUGCACCCGGUGGGCAUAACAUUAUUCCAGUGGAACUACCGCUCGUUCGGUGAACUGAUCUUCCGUCAGGCUUACCAUGAUACAUUGUACCUCAUUGGUAGCGUUCUAUUCAUAUUUACAUUCAUGUGGAUACAAACGUCUUCUCUAUUCGUCACAGGUUUUGGCACAGCAAGUAUCCUGACAAGUUUUGCUGGAGCCAACCUUAUCUAUAACUGCAUCGUGGGAUAUGAAUAUCUUGGUCUGUUCAACAUCCUUGCGAUUUUUGUUGUCCUUGGAAUUGGAGCAGACGACAUAUUCAUUUUCUAUGACACGUGGAAGUCACUGCAAGAUGAGGAAAACAUGGAGGAGCGAAUGACAUUGACCUUCCGAAGGGCCGGCGCCGCCAUGUUUACAACAUCCCUGACAACAAUGGUGGCCUUCUUCGUCAGCUCUUUUUCUCCAAUCUUGCCCAUCUCAUCCUUCGGCACAUUUGCUGGAUUGACUGUUUUUGUCAACUAUAUAUCUGUCAUCACAUAUUUUCCAACUGUUGUGGCUGUGCAUCACCGUUACUUUGAAAACUGCUGCAGCUGCAAGAAAAAGUCCGAAACUUACGAUUUGAACAAGGCUUCCAAGCCAAGUUAUGGCGGCAAUCGCGUAUUCAAAGCCAUAUCGACUUUCUUCAGGAGAAAAUAUUGCGAUGCGGUCACCCACAGGAUUGGAAAGUGGAUCAUUAUGACAUUAUUCAUCGUCUUAGUGGCUGGGAUGAUAUAUUCUUGUGCCAAACUCAGACUUGACCAAAGAACAUACAUAAAAGCGUUUACAGAUGAUAAUAUGAUGGAGACCGGACUUGAGAAGACAGCCUUCAAUUACAAGAUCGGCGCAGAGGAUAAAAUGGUGAUGGUGUAUCUGGUCUGGGGCAUCGGUGCGAGGAAUAUGAGCAAGUGUGAUAAACUAAAAUAUACCAAGUGGAUGCCAUGCUCCGGUGAAGCUGUCCACGAUGUGGACUUUAACAUUGAGCGUCCGGAGAACCAACUGGCAUUGCUGAAUGUCUGCCGGAAUCUUACACAUCUUCAAGGGAAACUGAAAGAAGACCUUAACCUACAAAGUGCAGGAAAUGGAACCAAUCAAGUCGUCUGCUUCAUGGAGUACUUUGAACAGUUCCUCAGGACCAUCUCGGAUCUAUUCAACAAGAACGGUCGUAAGGUUGACCUAAAGGUGCCGUUGAGUAGGGAAGACAUCGAACCACUUAUUCCCACACUUGGGGCAUUCGUUGGUCUCAGGUUGAAUGCAACUGCUGUGCAGAAUCCAGUUCAGACGGUCAUGGCGAUAUUCAUUGAGAAGAAUGCCACAGAGCUGAAGGAGCUCAUCGGCUUUAACGAGACAGCCAAUGUAAUAGGAACGGAUUCUCAUGGUAACCCGGUCUAUGACCGGAAGAUGACAUAUGCCGCCGUAGUUGUCCCUUUGACGAAACAGGCAAUACGACUUCAAGUAGAUGAAGGGCUGCGGCUACAGGUCAAGUGGGAGGAGUAUACAGAGGAAAUUAUGAAAAAUAUGCCUGCAGGAGUCAAUAAAGGCUGGCAAGUUGCAGGAAGUUGGUUUAUAUCUCGUCAGAAAAAGGACCUCAUGUACAGAGGCUUGACCGGCGUUGCCUAUUCGCUCAGCCUGGCCUUCCUGGUCCUACUGCUGACGACGAGGAACUUCAUCCUAGCCUUCUUGGCCGAAGCUACUCUAGUUGGAGCAGUGAUAUGUGUGAUUGGAGUCAUACCAAUUGCUGGCUGGAACAUCGGUGCGUUAGAAAGUAUCAACGUCUGCUUCGUCGCCGGCCUCGCUGUGGAUUACAUCGUUCAUGUCGUCGAAGCGUACAGCAUGUCGGGAUACAAGACAAAAAAGGACAGAACCAGAGACGCCUUGGGGCGUAUCGGCGUCUCGGUCUUAUCUGGCGCUGUCACGACAUUAGGAUCUUCCUUCUUCAUGUUUUUCUCCAGGAUUCUAUUCUUUAUGCAGUUCGGGACCUUUAUAUUUUGCACUGUUGGUUUCUCACUUUUGUUCGCGCUCCUGUUUUUCCCUGCCGUUCUCGAUACCGUCGGACCAUCAGGAAAUAUAGGAUCUUUUAGGUGGCUUUUUCACAAAAUUAAGAAAUGCUGUGGAAAACACGCAUCUACAUGUAGAUCCUUAGAGUAACCAGGCUAGGCUAUGGUUAGUCAAGGUAGAUCAUGCACACGGAGUUGCAGUCACUACAUAUAUAGAUGAUUGAUUUUGUCAUUUUAAACGUACUUUUUUGAAAUAAUUUGCACCGUGUUAAUACAUAGAUAUAGGCCUACUCUAGCUUUUUUGAGGCAGGAUUUGCGGCGACUUUUGUAUCGUUUCUCCAUAUGUACAUUCACAGUAAGAUGCUUGCUUUGGUCAAAUAACAUGUAUUGGGGGCUGUUCUACACCCAAGUAGGAGGUUGCAAACAGCCUUCUGCCUGCUGUACAUUCACAAUUCUUUCCCACUGAAUAAACGAGAUGGAGCUAGAAACUGAGCAAUCGUUUCUCCUUCUGCCGGCCCCUCGAGCGCGCUGCUCUGAUGAGCUGGCGAGAAAUCCAAUCCUUUCUCUCAAUUCUACCUCGGCGUACAAUCAGUAACAUCAUGUCGGCUGCAAAAACACUGGGAUUUUAUCUGGCUAGCAUUCUCUGUACCAUUUUAUUCAUUCGUGGCGGCGUCGCCCUACAAUGCUACAACUGCAACUCGGCCGAGGCCAAUCAGGGAGAAAACUGCACGGAUUAUUUCGACCGAAAGUUGAAUUUGGUACCGCCAGUGGAGUGUGAGGCGAAUGUCACACAAUGUAGAAAGAUCAUUCA